AUGCCGCCCUCCGACACCACCACCACCGCCGCCGAUCCCUUUUCCGCACCACCGGCCACACCACAGCACACCACCGCCGCAACAACCCGCACAACCACACCCUCCAAUGCAUCGACCGCAACCGCCAACGAAUACCCGCUCCACGAGUGGUCCUGCAGGUGCCUCAACGUCCGCCUCCGUCUCACCGACGACCACCCCGUCCAAACCACCGACAACCACUUCAAACCCGCACAGCUCGCCGACAGCGACAGCGUACGCGUAACCUUUCCCUACCUCAUCGCCCGCGAAAACGUAUCGCUGCCCGACACUGGCCUCACGCUCACCUGCACCCGCUGCCUCAACUGCUCCACCCUCGUCUACGGCGCCGCCAAGCCCGCUCCUCCUGGACCCGCAAGGACAUAUGGUUUCCUCCCGGCUUCCUCCUCGUCCGCCUCGGCCGCCACCGCCACCACGAGCACUGCGCCUCCUCCCCCCGAGUCACCCAGCCGCGAGCCGUCUGGCCUCGUCCCGACAGGCAGCAGCAGCAGCGUCCGUGCCGCCUCCCGAGACGCCCGCCCCUACGAACCCUUUGUCCGCCCACUAGACGGCCAGGUCGUGCUCUUGCCCGAUGCACUCACCCCCCAAGAGGCUCAAGAGGCGCACAAGAGCACCCUCUUCUCGCCUGCCUUCCGCAUCCUCGUCCAGCGCGACGCCUCCACUCCGUCGUCCAGCCAGGCAGAGACCGCCGAGCCCGUCCCGGUGGCAGACAUGUCCAACCCCGGCCGACCCUCGAUCGGCGGCAACCGCAGGCCGUCGGUCGGACCACUGCCCAGCGCCGCCAUGUCCUACACCUUGCCCGCCGUGCCCGCACACCUCAUCACCUCGCCACCCCAGUCCCCCAGGGCCACGUCUGGAUCAGCGGGGGCCGGCGCCGCCAGCACGAGCAACGGUGUUCCAGCUUCGUCGUCCAUGUCGCUGCUGGCUGGGAGCAGCCUCGGCCACCCGCUCGCCUCGAUGCUCGAUUCGGCCGCCGUCGAGCGCCUCCGCGAGUUCCGCUCCAAGGCCGAGGCCGAGGUCUUUGAGCUGGUCCGCCAGAAGCGGCGCGAGAUGGAGGCCCUCGAGAAGCGGACUAGGGACGAGGCCGAGGCGCUGCUCGAGGCGACGCGUGCACGCAAGCCUGCGGCUUCCUUGCAGGCUGGCGGAGGCGCAGGCUCGCUCAUGUCGGUGGCGCUCGGCAAGGGCAACCUGAAUGGCGUCGAAAGGGGGCGCGGACGCGGCAGCUCGGUUGCAGCGCCGGAGGCAGUCCGUUCGCGCGAUUUUGUCGGAGCCGGCGCAUCGUCUGCGACAGGGGCGCUGUCCUCUUCCGGCUCCUCGUCGCAGCCGCAGCCCCACCACGGCUACCCGGACCUUGGUGACCACGAGCAUGACCACGACCUCGACCUGCCACCGUCCGCAUUCGAGCGAAGGUCGACGCCGGCGCAUGGCGCGGGCACGUCCUCCGCAGGCAGGCCGGCUUCGAUGUCGACAUCGCUGUCUGCCCUCAGCGCCUCGUUUGCCAUGCGCGGCCGCGACCCCCCGCCGCAGCUCGAGGACUGGGCCAGCAAGAGGAGGCUGCGUGAGCGGUAUCCAGAGGGUGACCAUUCGGCCAUGACGUCGGCCGUCAACUCGACCGCCAACUCGACCGUCGACUCCAACAACAACUCGGACGACGAAAGCGACAACGCCCUCGCGCGACGCGGCGAAGCGACGCUGCGCUCCGACCGCAGUCAGAGGAUGCGCGAGACCAGCCACGAGAGCGUCAACACCGAGGACGAGGCGGAGAUGGCCGAUCGCGGCAGGGGCCGAGGCGUGGCCGCAUUGGCGAGAGAGUCCGAGACGGGCAGCCGACCGAGCCGACCGCCACUACAGGCCGGCGAAUUGGCCUCAUCGCCGCCGCCGCGCGGUCUGCCUGCAAAUGCUCCGGCAACAGCGCCGGCAGAGACAUCGUCACGGGGCCGACAAGGGCGCGCACCCGGCCCCUCGCAGCUGGCGCCGCCGGGCAUGGCAUCGUCAUACAAGUCCAAGGCACCCGCCUCGGUCCUCGUCGACGAUGGCAAGACGGCCGACGCCGACACGCCCCAGGUCGGCGGCAGGCUGGUCUCUCCGCAGUCUGCGCCCGAGCCUUCGGCCGAGGUCACGCUGCGGCCGAGGAACCCCCCUCCGUCAAACACGGAGCCGCUCAAGCCUGCGACGAGGGCGGGCAACGGGCCUGCCUCGCGGGCGAAAGCGGUCCUGGGUGCUUCUGCCACCGCCGCCGACGGGUCGGCCACCGACAAUCCUUCCGCCGACGCCACCGGCUCGACCGCCAACGAGUCUAAGCCUCACCGGCCGGCAGAGAAAAAGGUUGCAUUCGCAGAGGCCGAGGACACCGUCGACAACGAUGUGCUCUCCGAAGACGACGAGGAUGACGCGGACGACGACGACGACGACGUGGCCAACGGAAGCCGAGAGCUGGUGGAUGAGACGGACGCGGCCGUCUUCGAGAUUGAUGAGGAGAGCCAGGCAAACGGCGAUGACAACGAAGCAGAAGACGACGAGGCAGACGCAGUCGAGGAAGAGGACACUGAAGCGCCGCGUCCCGUGGACGGCUCGCCGCCCGGCGUCCGUCGAGGUGUAAGCGGGCGCGUGCGCGGUCAGGGCGACGACUUUCCCCUGGAUGACGAUGACGAUGCCGAAGGGGACGACGAAGUCGACCGCGAGACCACGGUUCGCGACGACAGCGCCUCGGUCGACGACAUGCCGGGCUUCGGAGCUGCUUCGUUCUCGGCGCUCGCUGCGAGGGAAUCUGCCAUGUCGGAUCUGGCCACCAGCCUCGCGCACGCCGAUGACUCCGGCUUCGAUCCCGCUUCUCUCAGGCUCGACGGCCGCGUCGUCCCCGAGACGGCUGCGGGCUUCAACGACGGAGGCUCGGAGCCAUUUGUCGUCGGAUCAGCCUCGGUCCACGGCUACCGCGGCUACAGCGGCUCCUUCCGACCCUCUAGUAUUUCGCGCGGCAGGCGGAGCAUGGUGGCUGACAGCGACUCGGUCCAGCCUUCAAGCGGCUCGCCAUCGACGACGGGCAACGUCGUCGGGCGUUCCGGCUCAAAGUCGCGCGCAGUCGGCGGCGGCAGCACCGGAAGCGUCUCGGCCAAAAAGGCCAAGGAGGACGCAGAUACCGAGAUCCGGCUCAGCGUGGCGCCCAAUGCGCCCUCGCACCGCAGUCUGUGGUCGCCCAAGACGUCGAAGUCGCAGAAGGGAGGCAAGUCCAAGUACCAGCUGGACGAGGAGGACGACCAGAAGUGGGCGGCGUGGCAGCGCAAGAUCCGCGAGUCCGAGUCGAGCCAGCCAGACGAUGGCGACGCUGGUCUUGGCCGCUCCGUUCCCAUGAACGUGGCCCCUCCCGCCCGGUUCCUCGCUGCUGGCGGUGCGGUCGGAGGACGGCCGAUGCGUGGCCCUGCGCUGGGCGCACCCAGGGCUGGGAUCGCCUCACCGUCUGGCGCCGAUCCUUCUUCCGCAAGCGGGAGCGGCGCGUCGGCCUCUGCUAUUUCGAUCAGCAUGUCCCGGCGCAGCCCGGGCGCGGGCUACGGCUACGGCUCCUUCUAUGACAGCAAGUCGGGCUUCGACCGCGAGCCCAAGACCAGCCUGCCCUACAACGAAAAGAUGCUGGUGCCGUCGCUGCGGAAGGCGAUCCGGCGCAGCGCCUACGAGCAGCUCUCGAAGCUCGAGACGAUCGAGGACAACGCCGAUGCCGAGGUUUCGCCCAACGCCGCCGCUGCGGAUCCUUCCGGCCCUUCGGCCUCGAUCGUCAAGCCAGUGCCCUCCAAGGCAACGUCCGCCGAGGCCAAGACCCCAGGCGCGUUGCCAGCCAGCGUCGUCACCAAGGGAUUCGUCGUGCCCCGCAGCAAGGAUGCCGCCACUGACGGUAAGGUCGAGGACAAGCCAACGGCCACGUUCACCUACAAGCCGCUGUCUGCCAAAGGCGCGGCUUUGUCCUCGGACGCCAACCCCCUUGCCGGCGCAUCCGGACGCUCUGUUUCCGAGAGCCUUGUGGCGACGAUCAAGGACGCGGGCCGGCCUCCGCCGCCGACGUCGUACAGCAUCGUGCUCAAGUCGGACCCGGCCAUGGCCCCCAAGCCGCUCGAGGUGUUCGAGGUCGAGGCGGACCGGGGCUUCUCGCUGUACGAGGAGGGCGAGGAGGAGGAGACCGAGGAAGGGUGGCAGAAGACGCUCCAGUUCCUGCACACGAUCGAGAAGCUCAAGACCAACCCGCGCACCGGCUGGCUGCACCACCGCGUGGCCAAGCCCGAGAGCAUCGCCGACCACAUGUACCGCAUGGGGUUGAUGGCGCUGCUGCUGCCCAAGGAGGCCGACGUCGACCUGGGCAAGUGCGUCAUGCUGGCGCUGGUGCACGACCUGGCCGAGGCCGAGGUGGGCGACCUGACGCCGCUCGACGGCGUGUCCAAGGACGAGAAGAUGCGGCGGGAACACGAGGCGAUCCUCUACUUUGCCCACGACCUGCUGGGCAGCUCGGCGGCGGGGCUACGGAUCGAGGAACUGUGGAACGAGUACGAGGAGCGCAAGACCAAGGAGAGCAAGCUCGUAAAGGAUCUGGACCGCUUCGAGCUCUGUCUGCAGGCCGUCGAGUACGAGAGGCGCGAGGGCAUCAACGACCUCCAGCCGUUCUACGAGGGUUCGCUGCCGCAGAUCCGCCAUCCGCGGGUGCGUAGGUGGGCCGUCGAGCUGGCGAGGGAGCGGCAGCGGAUGUGGGAGGAGAGGGGGGUGCGGUUCGAGCAGCCCAUCAGGGAGUAG